AUGGUGAUGUACUUUGGAAGCAACCUCCCAUACGACGAGUUUCUCACCAUCAUUCUCCCGACGUCUGAGAUGUCAAAUAAGUGGACAUUGUACUUACAAGAAAGUUAUAUCAACACGGCUGUCAUCGUCUCUGAAGUCGAGGACUUACACACAAUCAGCGGUGUGACAGGCUGGAAGCCUUUCGGCUCUGAUGGGCGGUAUGUGUGGGCCACGAAGUCACUUGGUAAAGGCAAAGGUCCUGUCACAAUCACUGGAAAGGCCCUCAUGGCAGUUUAUGUCUUUGGUGGCAAACAUAGGCACGGUUAUGGUACAACCGGGGUGUGUUCCACAGGAGUUGUACCAACUUCACCACCUGACCCUUGUGAUGGUAUCACGUGCCGGGAGAAGGAGGAAUGCAAAAGGGGUGUUUGUGUUCCCAUAUCAAGGGCAACCUGCUCGGCUCUUGGGGAUCCCCAUUACACAACCUUUGACGGGAAACGCUAUGACUUCCAGGGCACCUGCACCUACACCAUGGCAGAGGUUUUGAAGAAAGAGGCAGGCCUCAUACCCUUCACAGUCCAGGCCAAGAACAACCACAGAUGGAACAAACAGGUGUCUCUUGUGAGGAAGGUCACAGUGACUGUGUACAAUCACACAGUGGCCAUCAGAAAAAGAAGGGGCGCGGUGGAGGUAAGCAACAAAGGUUAA